AUGGCGGCUACCAUCGCCGUCCCGACUAGGAAAAGUCUGUCCAGUAACAGGGCGAAGGUUGUCCCUUUGCCUAGACCGACCACGGUCCUCAACUCGACGAUCAACACUGCCGAUAGUUGGGAACCGUAUGUCGUGAAGUCAGGACUCCAGAACAGAGUUAGGCCGAUGUUCAAACUCGGAGCUUGUGUUACUUUGAGGUCGUUUUCGAAGAAGUUUUCCACAUCCCAAAUGGCUAGAGCGCCUACACCGAAGUCCACUCCGCCGCCGGCUGCCCCCGCGGCCCCGGCGGCCCCGGCGCCUCCCCCGGCGAAGAAGCCCCCGGCCCCCACCAAGACCCCCGGCCAGGAACCCCAGAAGCUCUCGUCCACUGCCGGGGCUGAAGGGAAGAUUAUCGCCGGUCAGUCCGAUCUGUUCUACUACGACCCUUAUUAUUAAUCGGCCUGUAAUUAAAUAUCAAGGAAGCAAUAUACCUAUUUCUAGAA